AUGUCUGAAGCCAAACAACAGGAACCACCUAAGAAGUCCGCCGCUACUACAGCCGCCUUUGUCCCAGUACAACCUACCGCUAUCAGUUCCAAGGAUAAGGAUACCAAGAGAUUAGUGGUGGUUUUAUCCCAAGCAUGUUUGGAAACCCACAAAAUGAACACUAGUGGUCCAGGUGGCGACAAGUAUGCUUUAUUGAACUGUGAUGACCAUCAAGGUUUACUUAGAAAGAUGGGUAGAGAUAUCGCCGAGGCUAGACCUGAUAUUACUCAUCAAUGUCUUUUGACUUUACUUGAUUCCCCAAUCAAUAAAGCUGGGAAGCUUCAAGUGUAUAUUCAAACUGCUAGAGGUGUUUUGAUAGAAGUCAACCCUAGUGUGAGAAUCCCAAGAACUUUCAAGAGAUUCUCUGGUCUUAUGGUGCAACUUUUACACAAGCUUAGUAUUAGAUCCGUAAAUUCAGAAGAAAAGUUAUUGAAGGUCAUCAAAAACCCAAUCACAGACCACUUACCAACAAAAUGUCGUAAGAUCACCCUUUCCUUUGACGCUGAAAUCAGAAGAGUUCAAGAUUAUGUUUCUACUUUGGAUGAAGAUGAAAGUAUAUGUGUGUUUGUUGGUGCCAUGGCUAGAGGUAAGGAUAACUUCGCUGAUGAAUACGUGGAUGAAAAGAUUGGUCUUUCAGACUACCCAUUAUCUGCUUCCGUUGCAUGUUCCAAGUUCUGUCAUGGUUGUGAAGAUGUUUGGGGUAUUUUCUAA